GCUCCGUGCCAAAGUUCUGCUUCACAAAUGUCAUAAACAUGAGCUUGCGUACGGAAGACUAGUUUUGAAUAUAGAGUAGGUCUCAGAGUCCAAGCAAGUGAAUAGGAUGUGUUCCCUGUUUACCCUCAACUGAAGUCAGUGCAGGACGAAGAUGAACUGCCAAGGAAGAGGCAAUGUACCUAAGCGGGUGUUUUUAUUCAGCGGCAAGAGAAAGUGCGGAAAAGAUUUUAUUACAGACAUACUUGUAGAAAGACUUGGUGAUAAAGCUGUGAUAGUCAAAAUAUCUGCACCGAUUAAAUCUCAUUGGGCGAAAGAGAAAGGCCUGAACCUCGACGACCUCAUGAGUGCCAAUGAAUACAAAGAAAAAUUUAGGCAUGAAAUGGUAGUCUGGAGUGAAGCAGUUCGUGACAAGGACCCAGGAUACUUUUGCAGGAAAGCUGUAACCAUGAACAAUGCUCAAGAUAAACCCAUUUGGAUAGUCAGUGAUAUAAGGCGUCGAUCUGAUAUUGCUUGGUUUAGACAAGAGUAUGGCAAUGCUAUUCGGACCAUCCGUGUGACAACUGAUGAUGAAGUUCGCUCUAAACGUGGCUUCAAAUUCACUCCUGGAGUUGAUGACAAGCCCACAGAAUGCGAUCUGGAUGAAGUUACAGAUUGGGACUGGACUAUAACCAAUAAUGGAGAUGAAGAACAACUCGAAAACUCCAUUCUUUGUUUAGUUAAAGAUGUGGAAUGUAUUUCAAAUUGCUAAUGUUUGUGACACAAUGUUCUGUAUUAAAUAUUGGUAUGAUGAUUAAAGCAAUUAGUAAAUGUGAGGUGGUGGAACCUAGGGCCAUUGGCUCAGGGGUUUUGGGAUGAAAUUUGUAAAUAUCAAAAAGGACCUUUGCUUUUGUAUGUAGUGCUACAACUUAGUUAACAGUUGAUGACGAAGUCUUCAUUUAACCCAACCCUUGGUUUGCCAACUUCAUGCUUUCAAUGGUUCUUGGGUCCAUAUAUUUGUGCUGUGAAUAUAGACAAAUCAAUCUAUACUUUGUAUACAUUUGAUUAAAGAUGUAUUUCGAUGUUAUGUGACAGUUAGCAUGAGUAGAUUAAAAGGUGCUCAAUACAUAA